AUGAUCAAUCUUACAAUUAAAUCACCUGAAAUAAUUUUUGUUACAAUUAAAUCACCUGAAAUAAUCAAUGUUACAAUUAAAUCACCUGAAAUAAUCAAUGUUACAAUUAAAUCACCUGAAAUGAUCAAUGUUACAAUUAAAUCACAUGAAAUAAUCAAUCUUACAAUUAAAUCACAUGAAAUGACCAAUCUUACAAUUAAAUCACCUGAAAUAAUAAUUGUUACAAUUAAAUCACCUGAAAUGAUCAAUCUUACAAUUAAAUCACCUGAAAUAAUUUUUGUUACAAUUAAAUCACCUGAAAUAAUCAAUGUUACAAUUAAAUCACCUGAAAUAAUCAAUGUUACAAUUAAAUCACCUGAAAUGAUCAAUGUUACAAUUAAAUCACAUGAAAUAAUCAAUCUUACAAUUAAAUCACAUGAAAUGACCAAUCUUACAAUUAAAUCACCUGAAAUAAUAAUUGUUACAAUUAAAUCACCUGAAAUGAUCAAUCUUACAAUUAAAUCACAUGAAAUAAUCAAUGUUACAAUUAAAUCACCUGAAAUGACCAAUCUUACAAUCAAAUCACCUGAAAUAAUAAUUGUUACAAUUAAAUCACCUGAAAUGACCAAUCUUACAAUUAAAUCACCUGAAAUAAUAAUUGUUACAAUUAAAUCACCUGAAAUGAUCAAUCUUACAAUUAAAUCACCUGAAAUAAUAAUUGUUACAAUCAAAUAA